AUGGCAACCCCUUCGCAACUCAUGAACGCAACAUGGUUCCUAGAACUGUUUGCAGACGAGUUUGUGCAGACGGACGCCGCGCGUCACCACUACCCUGCCCAUGCACUUUGCCUCGUUAACCUGGCCUUCAAUGCUGUAUUUUCACGAGUACUCUACAACAUCGUGCAUGUAGAGGAAUAUGCCGAUGACACAGCUGCGAGCCUCCGCAUGCUGCAGCAAGCAGCGCAGAGUCAGCAUCUCGCUGCCACCAAGACACUGGAGAUUGUAUUCCUGGACCAUACGGGCACAUGCAGAAAGAAAAACUCCAUAAACCAUGGCAAUCUCAAAAGAUUUCGAGCCUUGAUUGCAGAUCUAUUCGACAAGAUGCCCAACUUAGCCCGUUUACACUGCACCAAUUACGCAAGCUUUGACGACAAGUGGAUGCGGGAUAUGGAGGAGCUGCCCAAGUUGGAGUCACUCAUACUGCACGACAUGUCUGCCGACGACCAGUCAGAGAUGAUUGUGGCCGACAAAACCCGCGCGGAGAACCCCGCCUAUUUCCGUGGCCCGUCGUCCUUUUCGGCCCUGAAGAGUCUGAAGCUGCUAGAAAUGCAAUAUGGAAUCGUAGACUGGCCAAAGUACAUUGCCUCUUUCAUGCUUCACGCCCGCGGCCUCGAGGAGCUCGAGCUAACAGCGUACUAUGAAGAGUGCGACGACACGCUCGUGAAGGCGUGUGAGAACUAUGCCUCCCGCUGCGAGGACGGGCGUCGCGUGCGACUCAAGACGCUGCGUCUUGGCAAGCAGAUGCACACGCCGACGGUCCAUGUUUUGCGCAAGGCAUUUGACCUGUCGGCGCUGGAAACAAUCGACGUCACCGAGUGCGACUACGGCCUCGCUGUUGUCGAGCCGGAUGUGCUUGAGGUCUGCGACCCGGCGGUGACCCCGAACCUACGGAGCAUCACAAUUGGCGAAUUGGCGUAUGAUAACUGGCGCCGCAUCACAAAAGUAACAACAGGCCGCAGUUUCUUCCGCGCAGACUGCGCCGGGUUUUGGCAUGAGAACGAGCUCGGGCGCAAUGUCUAUGAGCUGGCCAAGCUCAACAGAGCACCGCAGCUGCGGCUAUCUUACCCUAGAACCGAGGAGGGCUGUGACUAUGGAACGCUCCUGAAAUGUGUCAGUAACUGCGACUGGCUGACGCACCUUGCGCUGUAUCUGAUGCUGGAUGAUGAACCCGGCAACGAUCGGGCGCAAUCGACGCAACCGAUGCAGCCGACGCUUGAGCAGCUCGAGGCCGCGCUGCCGGCCCUCUGCGAGGUUCUCGCCACGCUUUCGCGGCUUAGAGUGCUACAGGUUCAUCUAGCCACUAACAGUCAAGUGUUUAAAAAAGUUGGGCAUCUGGAGCACUCGAUCAUGGCGACGAAGAUGAUGGCCAAGGCAUGCCCGGCGCUGCAGUACAUCAACAUCGGCCGCAUGACCUUUGUGACGACGUGGCCAACACCCGCUCCGGCGUCGGCGGAAGAGUUGGAGCCUGUCGUGCGCAAGAUGAACAUGUUGACAGAGUCGGCAGAAGCGGUGCUAUUCUUUGAAGCCGAUUCCGAUGUAUAG